AUGGAGGAGGUGAUGGAGGAGGCGAUGGAGGAGGGGAUGGAGGAGGUGAUGGAGGAGGGGAUGGAGGAGGUGAUGGAGGAGGUGAUGGAGGAGGGGAUGGAGGAGGUGAUGGAGGAGGGUGAUGGAGGAGGCGAUGGAGGAGGGGAUGGAGGAGGUGAUGGAGGAGGUGAUGGAGGAGGGGAUGGAGGAGGGGAUGGAGGAGGUGAUGAGGAGGUGAUGGAGGAGGUGAUGGAGGAGGCGAUGGAGGAGGGGAUGGAGGAGGUGAUGGAGGAGGGGAUGGAGGAGGUGAUGGAGGAGGUGAUGGAGGAGGUGAUGGAGGAGGUGAUGGAGGAGGUGAAGGAGGAGGUGAUGGAGGAGGUGAUGGAGGAGGUGAUGGAGGAGGUGAUGGAGGAGGUGAUGGGGGAGGUGAUGGAGGACGUGAUGGAGGAGGUGAUGGAGGAGGUGAUGGAGGAGGUGAUGGAGGAGGUGAUGGAGGAGGUGAGGUGA